AUGCGUGCACAGAUUUUGGCGUUGACCACGCAACUCACCGAGCUGCAGGCGAACCCCACUGCAGCAACCCCCUCGGUUGAGAAAAGGUUCAACAAGAAAGUCGAAGUUGUCGCUGACCCUGGCGCCUUCGAAGGAGACAGAGCGCAAUUCACCGAGUGGUGGAUCAAACUCCAGAUUUGGGUCAAGGCAAAUUGGGAUGUGUUUGCCGACGACUUUGAGAAUGCAGGAGUGUGGCCCACCUGGGACAAUCUCAAAGUGGAGAUUGAAAAAUAUUUCAAACCACAAGCUGAGCAUGACUGGGCGCGUCAGCAAAUCCGUUCCUUCAAGCAAGGCAACAUGAGGAUAGAUGAUUUUGUGACCCGGUUCCUGGCUCUCUCCAUCCAAGGGGGCUUAGAACAGCUCUAUCUGCAGGAUAUGAGGAGUGACAACCUCUCCCAAGCAGCGGAGGAGGUACAAAAAAUAGGUAGGGCCAUAGAGCUCUACAAAAUGCACCAAGGUGGCGGGUCCACCACCAAAAACAACUAUUCCCAGAGGAGCCCUGGGUCAUCAAACCAACAUAAAAACCACUCUCACGGGUUCCAACCAUUUUGGUCGCAACCAGGACGGGGCGUUCCUAUGGAUAUCGACACGGUCCAUGGUGUAAAACCCUUAUCCCCUAUACCGAGUUAA